GGGCCGAACCCCCCUCGUUACAUGUGCUGCAGCGAGGGGUACUUGCUCCGGUGUGCACGCGGCAUUUCUUUGCGCUCGGAACAAUGGACAAGGAUACAGGUGGAGAAAAUAUAAACGAAUUUCGAGAGAAUUUCAUAUAGGCUGCUGGAGUGUAGGCCUACAAAAUAGAUAAUUUGGUCACGGAUGUGUUUUUUUUUUUUUUACUGUGUAUAUUACACAUUUACUUUGUUUAGCAAUGCAUUCUAAAAAUGUUGGACCAUUUUGCGAAUGUCUUCCAUUUCAGGGCUGGUGGCGGUACUGCUGACGGUACUCCAGUGGGCAGGGCGAGGCCUCCCUUCUCCUGUCAGGCCCAUCUGUGACCCCCGCGUUCUGGACCGCUUCAUCAUGGAGGCCCGCGACACAGAGACCGCUCUGCGAGGUUGCAAGGCAGGGUGUGGCGUGACAGGCACCUUUGUGGUUCCACUGACCAACGUUGACUUUGUGGUAUUGGAGACAAAGGAUACUGAGGAGCAGGCUCUGGAGGUCCAGUCGGGGCUGUUUCUGUUCGGCCAGGCCCUGGGUGCUGUGAGGGAGUCAGUGAGCCGUGCUGCCGUAAAGAGCCUCAUCGACAACAACAAGAGCAACAUCCACAGCCUGGGCCAGGUGCUGCGCAGCCUCCACAUCAAGGACCUGUCCCUCUCUCCAGUGCCAGCAGUAGGUGACUCGGCGACCAGGAAGGUGUCGUCCCUAUCCGAGCUGCUCCGUGUCCACACCAACUUCCUACGAGGGAAGGUUCGCCUGCUGCUCACCAACGCACCUGCCUGUCAACAGAACAGCACGUGAUUGGAGCUUUCCCGGAAGACAGAGGCUGUGAUUGGACCGUUGUUUAGAGAGAGGAUGAGGUCAUUGGACUUCUGCUGAAAUCUCUGAAUGGACUUCCAAGUAUGGAAUGUGUAGACAAGGUCGUUGUUGACUGGAUAGAAACUGGUGGGAAAGUCAGUUGAUGUGGGUGGAGCUGAUGAGAAACCAUGAACGAGUGAGAGAGGAAAAAAGGUCACUUCUACAACUCAUUGACCUCAUCGGUUCCUAGUACUACCUGUCAGUACCACAAUGAGCUCCGAUGCAUGCAGCGGGAAUAAGCCACAGACAGUACCCGCUGGGCACAGACGUCAAUUCAAUGUCUAUUCCAUGUUGGUUCAACUUAUUUUCAUUGAAAUGACGUGGAAACAACAUUGAUUCAACCAGUUUGUGCCUAGUGGGUACAGAUCAUAUGAGAAGAUGAUAUAUAAAGUCCUAAAUCCAAUGAUUUCGAUUUUUCAUUUUAUUUAUACAUUGUCUUAAAAUGUGUUUUUGUAUAACUUUUGUGUUAUAAAUCUCUAUUUUCAUAUACGAGUGUGUACUUUGAAGUCUUUGAACCAUAUGUUAUGAUUGAUGCUCAGGUUUAACAUACUGUAGUCAGUGGUUUGUGUGUUCAUGUAAUAUGCUUGUCAGUACUGUUGUAAUUCAGACAAUGUAUUAGUCACUUCUCACUGUGUGCUCUCUGCACUCGGACUGUCUGUGUGGCCCUCCCUCCGACUUACCCUGUCUUUGGGGUCAGAGUAGACAUUGUAAUUUCACCACCAGGCAGCACACACAGCUCUCUGGCCUAACAAGCAGAGCACUGAGUCUGAGAAUUGAGAUCAGUUCCUAGUGGAGACCGUUCUGGACUCUGCUGCCCUCUGCUGGAUAGACCUUGGCAUCGUUGCCCUACUUCUGCCCUGGUUAUACAAAGAACAGAAACCGGCUCUGGCUCUAAAAAUAUCAUCAAGAAAUCAUCUCAUUAUGUGUAUAUAGACCUAGUCAUUUUCACAAAAAAACGAAACAAAAGAACACCAAUCAAAGAAGAUCAGUAAUGUCAACAUGGGUAAUCAUUAAUCAGAUUAGCAACCACUCACAGAUUAGCGAUGAUAAAUCAUUGGAUAUUGUGUGUUAAAAUAUAGGGAGGCAAAUAUGAUCAUUUGUUUAAGGAUAUCUUUUUAAUGUUCUCCAGUUCAGACACACAACAUACAGUGUGUCAUAGCCUCUAUAUGAAAUGUUAACGUCAUUCUUUAAACCCGUUCGUUACGCUUCCUUACAGUGUCUCAAUCCUCCAGUAGGUUACGGAUUCCAGACUAAAUGAAAACAGACACAAACAGGUGCAAGUCUUUUUCGGCAACCCAGCGCGAACCUUGGAAAAGUAGAGAUUUGCAUCUUUGCAAUGUUUUUUUGUUUGUAACAUUGAGCCAACGCCAGACUUAGUGUCACCGUGUAAACAGGUGAGAGUGUGCUUCCAGUCUGUUGGCUGUCAUAUCCCCGGUUUCCAAAUUUCAGUCAUAUUUUUUAAAAUAGAAAAAUACUGCCUUUUCUUUCUUCUUUUUUUGGAAACAUGGGCAUCUCAAAUGGACAGCAAACAGGUGAGCUGAUAUUCCAGAAAAUGACUUAAACAGUGUGCAUGGCAGACAUUAUAGUAAAGGAUAGCAAAGCAACCACAACCAUCAGAGUCUGAAACAAUACUGAAAGAGUACUGACUGAAGGUGUUGACAACAUACUGUACCUGCUCUAAGCUAUUCGGUAAUACUAUGUCACUUCUCAGGACAGUAAGUGUCACUAACAAUUACCAACAGCACCACCAUCAAGAUUCAAGUUCCCUUGUUUUGUAGGUUUGGGUUGAGCACAGUUUCAAACCAUGCCUAUCUCUACCAUUAUCACUGCUUUCCUCUACCAUUAUCACUGCCUUCCUCUACCUCCAUCAUUAUCAAUGCAUAUCUACCAUUAUCCCUGCCUUCCUCUACCUCUACCAUUAUCACUGCUUUCCUCUACCAUUAUCACUGCCUUUCACUACCUCCAUCAUUAUCAAUGCAUAUCUACCAUUAUCCCUGCCUUCCUCUACCUCCAUCAUUAUCACUGCAUAUCUACCAUUAUCCCUGCCUUCCUCUACCUCCAUUAUCACUGCUUUCCUCUACCAUUAUCACUGCCUUCCUCUACCUACAUCAUGAUCACUGCAUAUCUACCAUUAUCACUGCCUUCCUCUACCUCUACCAUUAUCAAUGCCUUCCUCUACCAUUAACCCUGCCUUCCUCUACCUCCAUCAUUAUCACGGCAUAUCUACCAUUAUCCCUGCCUUCCUCUACCAUUAUCACUGCCUUCCUCUACCAUUAUCCCUGCCUUCCUCUACCUCCAUUAUCACUGCCUUCCUCUACCUCCAUCAUUAUCACUGCAUAUCUACCAUUAUCACUGCCUUCCUCUACCUCCAUCAUUAUCACUGCCUUCCUCUACCAUUAUCACUUCCUUCCUCUACCUCUACCAUUAUCACUGCCUAUCUACCAUUAUCCCUGCCUUCCUCUACCAUUAUCCCUGCCUUCCUCUACCUCCAUUAUCACUGCCUUCCUCUACCUCCAUCAUUAUCACUGCUUUCCUCUACCAUUAUCCCUGCCUUCCUCUACCAUUAUCACUUCCUUCCUCUACCUCUACCAUUAUCACUGCCUAUCUACCAUUGUCACUGCCUUUCUUUCCUUCAGUCUCUCUCCCUAUCGCUCUCCCUUUUUCUUUCUCUCUGUAUCCACAUUUUCUCUCUAAAUCUGCUAUCUCUGCAGCUCUUACCAUUGGCCACUUAACAGAUGCAAAAUAACUCCUCUUAAAUGAAUUGUCAUUCCAGACAAAAGCUGUCGUCGUGAUUGAUGUGGCAGUUGACAAAAUGUGCAAGUAAUGCCGACCGCCCCCAGAACCCCACCCACGUCCAGUAUGUCCUUCCUACCCUAGAGAAACCUGAGCCAUAUCCCUGUCCCCACUGCUAUUUAUGUUGAACUCAACCAUGCUAGGAUUUUAGAUGUAGUUUUCAUUCACAGAUCAUUCAUGUAUGUUAAUAACUGUCUAUAUGUGCCCAUAACUUGUUGCACUUUGACCUUGAAAAUCUAAGAUAUGAAAGAAAAUCAAACAACAAGAGCUCAAAUCAGCCGUCUGAACUUGCACCUGAUUUGUCCCUUCACUCAUAAACCAAACCAUAAACAUAAUAUGUACAAAUACCACUUUGUUCUCUUACACUUUAACAUUUUUUUACAGUUUGUUUUCUAUGUGUCUUUUGUUCUUUUUCUGAGUCCCGGUUCUCUGUCCAGUCCCCUGUGAUGGACCCCAGUCUAUAACCCCGGAGUGUGAUCAUCAUCAUCCCAAAACAAGACAGGAAACAAAACAGGAAAAACAUCCCACUAGGUGUGUUGUUUGUGUUACAUGUGAGUAAUGUUUAUCAAAUGUUUUUCGACUCAAGUUUUAGAAUGUAUCCUCUGUGCACCGGCGACAUGUCAGGUGCCUGCUGAUGAUUAGUCUCUCCAUUGCCAUUGUUGUUUUCAACGUCAAUGCUUUCCUAGCGUCGUCUCAACUUCGGUAACAGUUUUGUUCCUCACGAAUGUCCAGAGUUUGACGUGUCCCUGUGUUCAGUUGUGCAGUUGAAAGAUCUGAAACGUGCGUACAAGGUUUUUUUUUCCACCUUUGACCUACAGUAUGUCAGUCUGACCCCCCUUCAUACCCCCUGCCCCUCAACAACA